CAGACUUGUAGUGAAGUCAUCUUGCCUCGUCUGCUCCUUUUAAGCCGGCAUUUCUGAGAGGGAGGACCCUGGGAAGCAUAUACAAACACUCAGCCACAAAACUGCACUAGUGGUCCGGCAGAGAACUGAACUAUUCCUUCACACAGAACAGGAAGUCGAAGUGACCUGACAUCAAGAUGGCUGCAAAGGGAGUCGGCAUGGCUAACAAAGGUCCAGCGUUUGGCAUGAGCCGGCAGGUGCAGGAUAAAAUCGACAGCAAGUACGACGCUGAGCUGGAGCAGAUCCUGGUGGAGUGGAUCUGUCGUCAGUGUGGCUCCGGCGUGGGAAGGCCGGAGGCGGGCAAACUGGGCUUCCAGGCCUGGCUGAAAGACGGAUGUAUCCUGAGCGAGCUGAUCAACAGUCUGUUUGUCGGAGACAAGCCUGUGAAGAAGAUCCAGAGCUCCGGCAUGGCCUUCAAACAGAUGGAGCAGAUCUCCCAGUUCCUCAAUGGUGCAGAGAAGUACGGUGUCACCAAGACCGACAUGUUCCAGACUGUGGACCUCUGGGAAGGUAAGGACCUGGCGGCGGUGCAAAGGACCCUGUCAGCUCUGGGCAGCUUGGCGAUUACCAAGGAUGAAGGAACAUACAAUGGAGACCCCAACUGGUUCUUCAAGAAAGCUAUGGAGAACAAGCGAGACUUCAGUGACGAGCAGAUGAAGGCGGGCAAAAGUGUGAUCGGCCUCCAGAUGGGCUCGAAUAAGGGAGCCAGUCAAGAGGGCAUGAGCUACGGAAGAGCCCGGCAGAUCCUGUAAAAUCCCUGAGUCGCAGACACCCCCGAAACCUCCGCAGCCCCCCGACACCUUAGAGCCUGUAAGCGUCUCAACUAAAACCUUCUCCGCUUUAGAAGUUAGUCUCUUUCUAAAAAAGUUGCCCCACCUAUGUCGUCUCUACACUCUCCCCGAGCCCCCGACGUAGAUGAACUAUCGCAGUGUUCACCAUGUGCUUCGUCCCUUCCGCUGCAGUUAGGCCCGAGUACGACUGAAUGUCUGAAGUCUUGAGUGCGUAGUAAUCUGAAAAGUGACCAAUUCACUUCCUUGGAGGUAAAAACAACCAAGAUGCCAAAAGUCACACGGUUCCUUCCUAAUAUUACGAAUACGACCACUGUUCCAUUGAUACAUUAAGAAACGUCGGAACCAGAAAGCACAAAUUUUUCUACAAUUCAGAAAUAUUGGCUCAUGAUUCAGGAACAGGAACUCACAGGAGGGACAAUCUGAGAGGUGACACGUGGUAGCCUAGACCAGCACUCCUUAAUUUGUACUUUUACAACAUUGUUUGAUACCUAGCACUUCCCACGAUGCUACGCCAAGCUGUAUCAGCACCAAUAUUUUUUUUUGUACAUUGUCUUAUUAAAUAAUGACUUUGAAAUCUG